UGCUAAAUAAAAAACGUUUUCAUUUUAAUGGAGACGACGACGACGAGGAGGUCAGCAAAGUAUGAAUCAAGCAUUUGGGAUGACGAUUUCGUUCAGUCUCUCACCUCUCCACACAAAGUAUACAUCAAUUAAUUAAUUAUAUAUGCAUGUAAUUAAUAACUGGGGAGUUAUCAUCAAAAUUCGAGAAAUCCAGGAAAAAGAACUGGUGGAGCAAGCAGAGAAGCUAAAAUGGCUGGUGCAAGUAAUGAUCGACGCCGCUGAACAUCUCUCCGACAAACUUGACCUCAUCGACACCCUGCAAAGACUCGAUCUCUCCAACCAAUUCUCCGAUGCUGUCGGGAGAUUGCUGGACGACAUUUUUGCUAAUUAUAAUAAUCAAGAUAGUAAUGGAUUCAUAGUACUGCAAGAAAACCUAGACUUACAUAUCACUGCUCUCCAGUUUAGACUCCUCAGACAACAUGGACACCAUGUCCCUCAAGAGGUUUUCAGGAGUUUCAUGGAUGAGGUAGGGAAUUUUAAGGAGUCCCUUGGUGGCGAUGUGAAGGGGAUGUUGUCUCUAUACGAGGCUUCAUUUUUGUGUGUGGAAGGCGAGGCCAUAUUGGAUUUGGCUAAGGAUUUUGCAACUCGUCAUCUAAAGAAAAAGUUGGAGGAGACUAGGAAUGCGAUUCUUGUCGACGAAAUUAGGCAUGCGUUGGAGGUUCCAUUGCACUGGAGAGUGCAGAAGCUUGAAGCCAGAUGGUUCAUACAAGUCUACGAAACUCGACCCGACGCGAACCCGAUUUUAGUCCGUCUGGCUAAAUUGAAUUACAACAUGGUGCAAGCCAAAUAUCAGGAUGAGAUCAAAUACUUGUCAAGAUGGUAUAAGGAGACGUGUCUUACAGAGAAGUUAGGGUUUGCGAGGCACAGAUUGGCAGAGGGUUUUUUGUGGGCUUUAGGGUUUAGUCCUGAUCCUGAAUUUGCAUUUUCGAGGAGGGUUUUGUGUAAGAUAGCUGUGCUGAUUACGGUAAUGGACGACAUAUAUGACUUGUAUGGUACAUUGGACGAGCUCCAGGCCCUUACAGACACAAUCCAGAGGUGGGACAUCAAUGGAUUGGACAAGCUCCCAGAAUACAUGCAGAUCAGUUUCCUAGCACUAUUCAACUCUGCCAAUGAAAUGGCUUACGAUGUAAUGAAGGACCAAGGACUCAACAUCAUAUCACACCUGAGAAAAUUGUGGGCAGAAAUGAGUGAAUCCUUUAAUGUAGAAGCAAGAUGGUACCACAAGAGGCAUUUCCCCAGUGUGGACGAGUACCUGAAUCUGGGGUGGAUCUCAGCUCCGGGACCUCUGGUCCUUCUCUACGCUUACUUGUCGGUGGUCCACCCCAUCGACGACGACAAGGAAUUGGCCUAUCUGCAGCAGUAUCCUGGAAUCAUCUUCUGGCCCUCCAUGGUCCUCCGCCUCACAAAUGACCUGGCCACUGCAUCUGGUGAAAUGGAGAAGGGGGACGCACCGUCGUCGAUGGAGUGCUACAUGAGGGAAACGGGGUGCAGCGAAGAGGAGGCCCGCCGCCACAUAAAGCAGCUGAUAGAGGUGGCGUUGAAGAAGAUGAACAAAGAGAUUGUGAUGGAGAAGGGGGUCCGGAAUAAUGAAAAUAAUAAUUAUUUGACGGAGGUGGACCAUCGUUUCUGUAAGAGCGCCAUGAAUCUUGCCAGAAUCGCACUUUGUGUUUACCAGUUUGGCGAUGGCGAUGGGAUGGGAGCUCCUCACGGGGAGACCAAGCGCAAUUUGAUCUCCCUCGUCGUCGACCCUAUCCCUACCCCUGCAGACGACGACGACGCCACGUGCUGAUCCGACGACGUGGUCACGUGCCAAUAUAGUAUUAAUUUUCUAUGUUAACCACGCCUACUAAUCGUGAUUAAAUAAUUAGUAUCUCUAUUUUAGGCUCGUGAUAUAAAACUAUUUAAAACCUCAACCCAUGUACGUAUUCUAUAUAUAUUGGCUUGAUCACUA